AUGAAACCCGUAACUACGUUGCCCAGCAACUCAUAUCAGCGUCGUGAAUUCUCCAAAGCAAGUGAACUAAAACACAAGGGCAGCCGAACUCCCGACAAGGAAGUUGCGAAGUUGUUGAAGGGUGGCGCUUCUCGUAUGUCACGGAGCGACGUCGCCCUCGAAGACACUGAGCGAGGGCGAUGUGUUUCUGGAUCGGUGAACGCGAACCUCCAGCUUUGUCCCCCCUUCCUCCACCUCUACCCCACGGACUCCACCACGCUUCCACCUCGCAUCUGGCCCUACCAUCCCCGCGCUGUAUGGGUGCAAGUGCAGUGGAUUACAAACUCAAGUUCCGGGAUUCAACCAAGUUACCGGUUGUGGUCGGUGGAUUUUAGAAGAGUGGAAAAUCUCAGUGUGCUUUUUCAGGCUUGUGAUGGUCUUUGUCGGUGCCGCGAAGAGUUAAACGAUCCAGGCACCACUUGGGAGGCCCCAGUUCACAGUGGUUCAGAACGAACGCAAAGCGGCAAUAAGAGGUUGCGCCAUGGUGAUAGUGGAGAAGGUGGCGGUGUAUGUGGUGGCGCUGGGAAUGGCAGAGGCAGUGAACAUGGUCAUAGUGGGGAAGGUGACGCUCGCGGUAGCGGUACAAGUCACCAUGUCGGUGGCGGUCAAAAUAGAGGAGGCGAUGGUGUUGCAAGUGGCAGCGACGUCGGAGGUGGCCGUGAUGAUAGUGGGAAAGGUGACGCUGGUAGAUGUAACGUGUCGGUGGCAGUGGGAACGGCGGAGGAGGUUACAGCGGUGACGGUGGCGGUGCAGGUGGCGAGGACAGUAGUGCUGUUGGCUGCAAUGGCAGUGACGGAGGUUGUUGUGGCGAGGCGGGGAGCUGUUGCCAGUGCGGCGGGAGAUGUGGCGGCGGGGGUCGCAGCAAGAGGCAUGAGCGGGAGGUGCGAGGCGGUGUUGAUGUUGGUUCCAAGUGUGGUUGAGUUGGAGCGGGGUGCGUUGCGAAUGCGAGAAGGCGAUGGCCGAGGAGGAGGUGCACCAUUUGGCACAAGCGAAGCUGGUGGAGGUGGAGUGGUGGGUAAUAGAGGUACGACAGUCGUUGGAAGAGUAGAUGAUGGAGGUGGGGAUGAUGAAUGA